CCCUCAACCAUCAAUCGACGACAACUUUGACUUCAAGUCUUCUCCACUUUCUCCCAACUUUCAACCUUUAAAUUCCAUCAACAUGUCUGGCCGUGGAAAGGGUGGCAAGGGUCUCGGCAAGGGUGGCGCCAAGCGUCACCGCAAGAUCUUGCGUGACAACAUCCAGGGUAUCACUAAGCCCGCUAUCCGCCGUCUCGCUCGUCGUGGUGGUGUCAAGCGUAUCUCCGCCAUGAUCUACGAGGAGACCCGUGGUGUCCUCAAGACCUUCCUCGAGGGUGUCAUCCGUGACGCUGUCACCUACACUGAGCACGCCAAGCGCAAGACCGUCACCUCUCUCGACGUUGUCUACGCUCUCAAGCGCCAGGGCCGUACCCUCUACGGUUUCGGUGGUUAAGCGUUGUCUGUCUGUUCACUUUUUUUCCGGGCUUCACGGUAUGAUGGGACGUUGGGGUGUUCUCUGAUUUUUUACAAUCGUCAUGGGUCUCUGGGUUUGCUUUUUUUACACGACUACCAAUUUUUGCGUCCGCUGGGCCAUCCUGUAUCAUAGCGGCCUUUUCCAAUACGGCUGGCACCUAAACGGUGGGAUCAAACUUGAUCCGAUACGAAUACAAUUACUCAAACAUUCAAGAAAUCCA